UAAACAUACAAGUCUACGAGGACGACGACAUAGAAGAAGGAGGAGAUAAAACAUCAGCUGCCAGCAUGGCGUUUACUCUGUACACCCUCAUCCAGACCACUAUUCUGUGCACCAACGCUAUUGCCGUGUUGCAUGAAGAAAGGUUUCUCAGCAGAAUCGGCUGGGGUGUUGAUCAGGGCGUUGGAGGCUUUGGGGAUGACCCAGGAGUCAAAGCUCAGACCCUGAAUCUUAUCCGUUCAGUUCGGACCGUCAUGAGAGUGCCACUGAUAAUUGUUAACUCAGCAUGCAUCGUCCUUUUGCUGCUGUUUGGUUGACCACCAGUGACUGAUGCACCACAGCAAGAAGAUAGCACAGGUUGCAAGGAACAGCUGCAAAAGUACACCCUCCCUCAUGGAACAAUCUGCACACAUUUUAAAGAUUUCUGUUGCUCUCUGCCAACAGUAGAGUGGAAAAGCCACAGGAUGCAUAAAAGUGGAAAAAAAAAAAGAAAAGAGGAUUCAACCCAUUACCUAGUCAAAAAUAAUGAAGAAGACUUUCUCACCUGCACAUAUCCACAAAAAACUCUGUAUUUAAUUUUGUUGCUGUUUUAAUAAAUGAUGAUUCUCACUUCUGCUAAAAACA